CUGAGAGAAGAAUACUAAAAAAAGAAUAUCAGCUAGGCCGCGGAAAUCCAAUAUAUCUCCCAGUACAGCUCAAGAAAUCAAAACCGGACAAGAGAUGCAAGCCCUGGAUAGUACUGAAAGAUCAAGUUUUAACAGCUCCGGUAAUCGGUCGUGUUUUAGAUGCUAAUAGUAAAGAUACAUACUUUGAACACUGGCUAACGGAGCCCGGUCACAAUACAGGGUUACUGUAUCGAUGUACUAGAUGUAGUAUAAAUAUAGCAAAUGAAGCAAAUCAAUAUGUAGGCAAGAAGUCGAUAACACAAGACCUUCAUCAAGUUAAAAGUAUUGUUAAGAAAGAGAAUAAAUGGUCUAUGCUAAUCCCUGCACCCUGGUUUUUCGCACCUACUGUUCUUGAGCAAGGUAUAGAAGAGAGUUUUGUAGAGCUGCAGCCAAUCGAAAAUAUAGACAUCACCUUCAUUAAAAGUCAGCACUUUAAACCAAAAGUUGAAAAAUGGAUUCUUGAUAUGUCCAAAUAA